AUGGAGAACCCAGCCACCACUAAGGACCAUUCACCCAAGCAUGAGGCGGCCCCUGUAUCGCCUAAUCAACCGCGAUCGCAAAAUCAAACGCUAUCUACCGCACCCGCGGCAGCACCAAUUGAAGCUCUUAACCUCGAAUCCAACUUGCGUACGGAACCAAACUACCCAAAAGGAACAGAAUUUUGGUUCACAGUCCUCGCUCUCUGCUUGAUCCUGGUCCUUGGGGGUCUCGACGCCAAUAUUGUUGCGACCGCUGUGCCGAGCAUCACUGAUCACUUUCACACGGUUGCUGAUGUCGGAUGGUAUUCGUCCGCCUUUCGACUCUGCACAUGCGCGUUUCAGUUUGGGUUUGCGAAGCUAUAUCAGCUUUUCUCCAUCAAGAGGGUCUUUCUGAUGAGUGUUGUUAUAUACCUUGUCGGCUCUUUACUCUGUGCUACGGCGGCUUCGUCACUGAUGUUCGUUAUUGGGAGAGCAGUAACCGGCCUUGGAUUUGCGGGCAAUUUGGCAGGGUGUUUCGCAGUCGCCGUUCAAAUUCUGCCACUGGACAAGCGACCAAUGAUUAACCUUCCAAUUGGCGCUGUAUCACUGGCGGCCAUGGUUUUUCUUUUAUCAGACCCACCAACCCGUCGAGGGGAUAACCUUACACUGGCCCAGAAAAUCAAAGCGCUAGAUCUAGUCAGCAACUGCUUGUUCAUCCCGUCUCUGACUGCGCUCUUCAUCGCACUAUCAUGGGCGGGAACGAAGUACCCCUGGUCAGAUGGGAAAGUUAUUGGGUUAUUUGUUGUAUUUGGUGUGUUACUAAUCGCCUUCUUCUUUAAUCAGUAUCGACGCGGAGACUCCGCUGCGCUUCCUUUUCGCGUCAUUGGGAGGCGAAAUGUCAUCGCCGGCUUCAUUUACACAACAUGCACUAACUCAAUGACAAACGUCUUGGAAUGGUAUUUGCCGACUUACUAUCAAGUCGUUCAAUCCCGGACCCCAGGCGAAAGUGGCUAUCUAAUGAUCCCAAUCCUGGUUGGAAUGAUGCUCGGAAUUUUUAUACACGGCAUCGGUACCUCCACGUUCGGAUACUAUGCCCCCUUUAUGAUAUUUGGCUCUAUUUGUAUGCCUAUUGCGGCCGGCUUGAUGACUACUUACAAUCCCCACUUAUCCCUUGCUCAAAUCAUUUUCUAUUCCGGAUUCGCAGGCUUCAGCGGGGGCAUUGGCUUUCAAGGCUCCCAAACCGCGGUACAGGCAACAUUAAGUGCCGCAGAUGUCAACCUUGGCAUCGGGGUCAUCUUGUUCGGGCAGAGCAUGGGGCCGGCGGUGUUUAUUGCUAUUGCGCAGGUAAUAUUUACGAACGAGUUAUCGCAGAGUUUAAGACACAUUGUGUCCGGCCUGACCCCUGCGGAUAUUGCGUACCAUGGACUUAGUGAUAUUAAGAAGAUAGUCCCCGAGCAGCGGUGGGAUGAGGCUGUGAUUGCGAUCGAUCGGAGCUUGGUUCGGACCUGGUACCUGACCGUCGCACUGGCCUGCACUACAAUUGUGGGAAGUGUCCUGAUCGAAUGGCGCUCGAUUAAGCAGAAGCAGUCGUGA